UGGACUGGCGCAUGGAGUGAAACAGUGAGCUGUGCUAGAGGGAGGGUCAGUGUGUGUGUGCAUGCUAACAGUGUGCCUUAUGGACAGAGGGGGCUUGAGUGACUGUUGACUAGCCGGCUAGUAGGUGGAGGAACAGUAAGAACACAGACAGAACUCCGUGCUUGUGUGAUCCAGUGUUUGUUGUGGAAUCUAUACUCUCAGACUAGGAGGUUCUGGGUAACGGUGGGUUGAAGGAGCGGGAUGUCUAAGAUGACGUUGUGGUUGGGCCUCCUCCUGGCUCUCAGCGCAGGUCGUCUGGAUGCUUGGUUCUGGAACAAGGACCUUGAUCCUACUACCCAAGCCCCAACGAAGGCUCCGCCACUGGGCAAGGCAGGAGGACAGCUCAAGAGAGGUGAGGAGAACCUGGCAGGGGUUGGGGCAGAAAUCAUCAACGUGGCUGAUGGGAUCCGUAAGUUUGUGCAGACGUGGGACGCGACCCCAACCACUUGGACUGACAGAGGAGUGGCGAGCCCUACCACAAAGACGGUUAAUAAGGAGGAGUCUGGGUCUGGGGAAGGAUCUGGGUCUGGGUCUAAGGAAGGGUCUGGGGAAGGAUCUGGGUCUGGGUCUAAGGACGGAUCUGGGUCUGGGGAAGGAUCUGGGUCUGGGUCUAAGGAAGGAUCUGGGUCUGGGGAAGGAUCUGGGUCUGGGUCUAAGGAAGGAUCUGGGUCUGGGGAAGGGUCUGGGUCUAAGGAAGGAUCUGGGUCUGGGGAAGGAUCUGGGUCUAAGGAAGGAUCUGGGUCUGGGGAAGGAUCUGGGUUUGGGUCUAAGGAAGGAUCUGAGUCUGGGGAAGGAUCUGGGUCUGGGUCCAAGGAAGGAUCUGGGUCUGGGGAAGGAUAUGGGUCUGGGUCUAAGGAAGGAUCUGGGUCUGGGGAAGGAUAUGGGUCUGGGUCUAAGGAAGGAUCUGGGUCUAAGGAAGGUUAUGGGUCUGGGGAAGGAUAUGGGUCUGGGUCUAAGGAAGGAUCUGGGUCUGGGUCUAAGGAAGGAUCUGGGUCUGGGUCUAAGGAAGGAUCUGGGUCUGGGUCUGAGAUGGGUUCAGGAUCAGGGUCUGGUUCAGCGUCUGGUGUAGGGUCUGGGUUUGGAUCGAGGGCUGAGUCUGGUGUAGGUUCAGGGACCGGUUUGGGUUCGGGGUCAGGGCUUGGAGAAAGGGAAAGCUUGGUUUUCCCCACUAACCUAACAGGGGUGGUGGAGGAUGUCCUCACAGGGGUUGAGGGGGUGAAACAGGGCGAACCAAAGACCAACCUCUCUGACAUCACUUCUCAUGACCACAAUGGAACCUGCCACCUCGUGUCCUCUGAUUGGCCGAUCUGCAUAUCAAGGGGGUCGAAGCAUUUCUCGCUGCCCAACUUCCUGAACCACACCUCUGUGGAGGAGGUUGGCGUGGCCCUGAGAGAGUGGGCGUGGCUGGCCAAGGCGGGGUGCCACCAUGGAGCCGAAUGGUUCCUCUGCCUCCUCCUGGUGCCCAGGUGCCCGCUGCCUGGCCAGGUGCUCGACAAGGUUCCCCUUCUGCCCUGCUGCAGCUUCUGCCAAGUCCUGCAAGACAGCUGCUGGCCAGCCCUGGAUGACGGGCGACUUCCUGUAGAGUGUAAUUUGCUGCCCGACAGGGAUCAGGAGGCGGGGUUGCGGUGUCCGCCAUGCGUGUCAGUUAGUCAUCGGAAAGCAGAGAGUGGUGUGACUCUACUGCAGCUGAUCGGAGACCUGCCUCCUGAUGAUUCCCAGGCCGGUCCGGGGGGGAAACCCGCCUACUACUUCGGAGGGCAGGACGGGCUGACUGCUGCGGGACAGCCGGCCCUGGCCCACCUCCCCAACCCCUUCUACAGAGACUUCUCCCUGGUCUUCCAAAUCCUACCCUCCAGCCCCGGGGUCCUCUUCUCCAUCACAGACGCCUCCCAGAAGUUCAUGUACGUGGGGGUGAAGCUGAGCGCCCCGGAUGCUGACGGCAGGAAUCAGAAGAUUCUGUUCUACUACACAGAGCCCGACUCUGAGGCCUCGUACCUGGCCGCUAGUUUCACCGUGCCCUCCCUGGACCUAGUCUCCUGGACCAAGUUCUCUCUGUCCGUGUUCAACGACCAGGUGACCUUCUUCAUGGGGUGCGACGCCUCUGGGAAGACGGUGAAGUUGGAGCGCUCGCCGGAUGACAUGGAGCUGGACAGCGGGGCGGGCAUCUUCGUGGGUCAGGCGGGAGGCGCGGACCCUGACAGGUUCGAGGUACAGUAUGGAUCGCCAACCACACCUCUAAUGCUGACCUGACCACACAUAUUUACCUCAAACUUUAUUGUUCUCUCAUGUAACACAUCUUUAUUUUUCCCUCAUGUAAAACAUCUUUAUUGUUCCCUCAUGUAAAACAUCUUUAAUGUUCUCUCAUGUGAAACAUCUUUAUUGUUCUCUCAUGUAAAACAUUGGUAUGUAUAACUCUUCCUCUAAAGUCUCUGUUGUCCUGCAUCCCCACCCUCAACCCUCGCUCUGGUGUCAAACCCCAUGUGACCAUCACGUGUUUAGACGGGUCAGUGACUAUGCUGAGGGGUCAAAGUUGAAAGGCCAGACGUCAGGCCAGGUCAGCAAAUAGAUUUACUAGAGGGAGGAGGGGUUAGUAGUGCUGUGUUAGUGAGAUGUGACUGGCUGUCUGGCUUUCCUGUUGCCAGUGACACAUACCUGACUGAGAUUCCUGAGGGAGCGAUUAGUGAGGGAUUUACCCCCAAACAACGUGUGGGUUUAGGUUUCAUCUCACUCACACCUGCUGUUUUUAACAGACAGUGUGUUGAAACGUGCAUUCUCAUAGUCUAACUCUAUUAGGCCCCUGGGAGAGAUUUAGA